AUGAUUGCAGAGAACUAUAACUUGCCUUUUCUAUUAUUCUCUGUAGACAAUUCAAAGGUGAUAAGUUAUCUGAAUGGGAGACAACGUCGACGACUACUGGAUGCCAUAGCUCCUGACCUCCCGUUGAAAGUCACUUCGCACGUGAUCGGCGAGGAUCCAUACUGGCGUCGUUGUUGUCAUCAGCGUUGGGCUGUGGUCGAUUUGUCUCGUCAUGGCGGAUCAUGGAAACGGGCAUUUUUCGAACGAAUGCUCGAAGAAACAUUGGAAACCUUUGUCCCGGGACACACGUACGCUCCUCGAUUGGAGGAAUGUGUGAGCUAUGCGGCUCCGUAUGUGCAUCGGUUGCACAUUCGACAGUUGUUGCCACCUCUGAAGCAACAACCGCAUGAUAGAGGCUCAGAUGACGGAUCGGACGAGGAAAGUGAUUCGGAAUUGAGCACCGAGCCGCAAUUAGUCGAUCAUUUGGAUCUUGGCCCGGUUGUGAGCAAAUUGAAACAUCUGGAAGAGUUGGCUGUCUCGUACACAGUCAAAGAUUGUGGUAUGAAUUUCGAAUGGUCCAUGUUCCAAUUCACCAAUCACGACUGUUUCAGUUUGGCCAAAGCAAUCGAACACCAUUCGGCUAUUCGGUUUUUGCAUAUCACAAGAAGUCGUAUGGACUCCGAUCGUUGUCGUGUCUUGGUCGACUCGAUUAUGGAUCAUCCAACACUCGAAUGUCUGGAUUUGUCUCAUAAUUUUAUCGGGGAUCGUGGGGCCAGAGCGUUGAGCAAACUGGUCGCCAGCAGUCACAGUCAGUUGAAGACAUUAAAUUUGGCAGAUAACCGUCUACAGGCCACCGGUGGAUUAGCUUUGGCACACUCGUUGACGAAGAAAACUUGCUCCCUGUCACAACUCAACUUGCGACUGAAUCGUUUGCGGGAUGACGGAGGGAUUGCAAUCGCGAAGAGUCUAUUGCGCAACUCCACUCUGAAAGAGCUUAAUUUGGCUGCAAACGAUUUGAACGAGAAUUCCGCCGGCUACUUUGCUCACGUUCUAGCCCACAACAGAACGCUAACCCACCUUGACUUAUCCAACAAUCAGCUUGGAGUGGCCGGCAGUCGAAAACUCCAGGAAGGCAUGGUUCGAAACGAAACUUUGUUGUACUUUGAUUUACGAUUCACCGGAGGUAGCCAAGAGGCGGAAUAUUCUAUUUGUCAGCAAGUGGAGAAAAAUCAAGAUAGCCUAAGACAGACACAACUGGACCUCACACGGGUAAGCUACUAUUUGAAAGAAGAAGUUGGUGGUGCUCGUGGUGGUGGUGGUGGUGAUGGUGAUGGACAUUGUUUUCCUACCUAA